AUGUAUGACGACGAUGACACCACGUUUUCGCUGGUGUCAACAGCGUCGGUGACGGAUGCGACGAGCGUCACGACGCGGACAGAGCUCGAGCACGCGGACGACGACAUUGAUUUUGAAAUUGACGACGCCACCAGCGACUUCGAGAGCGGCUGGGAGGUUUCAUCAGGGCCGUCCACCUCCGUGCCCCCGAGCGUUUACGAAGACGAGAUUGCCUACGGCCGGCGCUAUCAUGGCUUCCGCAGAGGCAUCUAUCCCAUGCCCAACGAUGAGGUCGAGCGUCACAGGGAGGAAACAGUCCACGCCCUGUUUCUCCAGCUAAUGGGCGGGCAUUUGUUCUAUGCCAACAUCGGCGAUUACCCCCAGAAAAUCAUUGACAUCGGAACUGGCAUUGGAAUAUGGCCCAUAGAUGUCGCUGAUCAGCAUCCAAGCGCAAGCGUCAUUGGCACUGACCUUUCACCCAUUCAACCACCAUGGGUGCCUAUCAACGUGCGCAUGUUUAUCGAGGAUAGCGAGGAGCCUGAGUGGCUGCACGGAUCGGAUUUCGACCUUGUACACUUCCGACAAAUGACUCAUGUGUUUCGAAACCUUCAGGGCCUUCUUACCAAGAUAUAUCCGUUCGUCCCCGUUGUUGCUGAUGUGCCGCCCUUUCCGACCCUAGAAACAGUAGCUAAUUAUUGGGAGGAUAGACAUGUUAAGAACGGUGGCUGGGUGGAAUUCCACGAACUCAUUUUCGAAAUCCGGUGCGACGAUGGAUCUAUGAAAGAAGACGACCCCCUUCGAGUGUUUAUCGAGUCGAUGAAGGACGGCUUGCGAGUUUACGGCAUCAAUAUUCUUACCAUCAAUGAACUUGAGCAGAUUCUUGGAGAAGCUGGAUUCACAAACGUCCACUGCAUCACAAAAAAAGUACCGAUAUCGACCUGGCCACGCGACAAGACUCUGCGAGCUCUGGGUGUCUUCAUGAAAACCACCAUUAACGAUUCUCUUGGAGCCAUGGCCGCGAAACCCCUCGCAGCCCUAAACCUCUCUCCUGCACAACGAGUGGCCAUGCUGGAAGCAGCGCGAGAGAGCCUGGAAGACACAUCGAUCCAUCGCUACAUCAACUGCUGUGUUUGCUACGCGCAAAAGAGAGAAGGCCACUAUGCCGAGAGCCUCUAUUGA